UAAUCGUUUUUCGUCGUUUAAUAGACUCGUGAGAACUAUUGCUUGGGUGCUGCGAUUCACAAAGAGAUGUCGUUGUGGCCGACGUGCUUGGCAUGCUGAGCAGUGGGGUUUGAUAUCGGAAGAGCUGGACGCAUCAAAAAAGCUUCUUUUUCGUCAUUGCCAAGAAGAAGCAUUCGCCCUCGAGCUCCAGAGUAUCGCAGAUGGCAUCCCUAUCUCACGAACCAGCGAUCUAUACCAGUUGUCGCCAUACAAAGACGAAGACAAUGUGCUGCGAGUUAAUGGACGCAUAGAUGCUGCGAGUUGGUUGCCGUUUAGUACGAAACGUCCAGUUAUAUUGCCAUCCAAUCACGCUCUUACAAAAUUGUUGGUACAACAUCAUCACGCUGUUCUUAAACACCAGAACACCGAAGCAACAAUAAGUGAAAUUCGCAGAACCUACUGGAUUCCACGCCUACGUCAACUUCUCCGGAAGGUUAUAGCCGAUUGCCUCGUUUGUCGCAUAAAUAAAGCUGCACCAGUUACCCCACUUAUGGGACCGCUGCCAGUGGAUCGCCUUGAGCCCUUUGUGCGGCCAUUUACAUACACUGGCUUAGAUUACUUCGGCCCUAUCAUGGUCACUAUAGGACGCCGGCAAGAAAAGAGGUGGGGGGCGCUCUUCACUUGCUUGACGGUAAGAGCCGUCCACCUAGAGUUGGCUUACGACUUGAGUACGGAUGCGUGUAUCAUCGCAAUUCGAAAUUUCAUCAACCGGCGCGGCGUGCCAGUAAGGUUACGUUCGGACAACGGGAAGAAUUUCGUCGGAGCAAACGAAGAGGCCAAGAAGUUUUCUGAGGUUUUCGACUGCGAAAGGGUACAGAAUGAACUAGCGUCGAAGGGUAUUCAAUGGAGGUUUAACUGCCCUGUCAAUCCAUCAGAAGGAGGCGUAUGGGAGAGAAUGGUGCAGUGCGUAAAAAGAGUUUUACGACGAACGCUUAAGGAAGUUGCACCAAGGGAACACACCCUUCAAUGUUUCCUCGUCGAAGCCGAGAACAUCGUCAACUCGCGCCCGCUUACGCACCUACCCAUCGCUCCAGACCAAGAAGAACCGCUUACUCCUAACCACUUCUUGCUCGGUUCGGCGAACACAGCACAAACACCAAGUGUCAACAAGGAACCCGAAAGGAUGUGUUCGCUACGAAAGCAGUGGCGUAUCGCUAGACAACUUCGCGACCACUUUUGGAAAAGGUGGAUCCUUGAAUACCUACCCACUUUAACGCGACGUGCCAAGUGGUGCCAGGGCACAAAACCAAUCGAACUUGGUGACACAGUUUUUAUAUGCGACGCGAAUGUUCCAAGGAGGCAAUGGUGUCGUGGAAUCAUCGAGGCAGUCUACCCAGGAGCCGAUGGAGUGAUCAGGAAGGCAGAUGUCCGUACCAGCAAUGGAAUCGUUAGACGCGCUGCAUCCAAGCUAGCCGUUCUUAAUUUAGAAAAUAGUUAAUCAGAGUGAUUCACGGGGGGAGGGGUGUCGCGGAACGCCUAUCAAAUGCAACGCUGUUAUUUCAAACCUUAAAAUUGUUUAUUAGUAAAUGCGGCAACUCUUUAUGUUUAUUUGUGAACGUGGCAAGAUUGUAAACCACGGUUCCAUCUUCAGCGAUUUGACGAAUUCACUCGUUGCAAAAAAGCCGACAGAGACGGAACCGCGAAAUAAACCAUUUCAUACUACUGCUUAAUUCAUCGCACAUCUUUGGCGUAAAUUUAUAGAGUUUAAUUCGUAGUCUCUAGCAACGAGCACAACCA